ACAUCCCCGCUGAGCAUGGUGACCACCUGUGCCCCUGACUCUCUCAGAAGAGCCGCCAGCCUCAGGCGCCGAAGGCCCCCCACAUGAGGGAGUGAGUGAGUGGUCCAUCCUGGUCCCCACCUGGCUGAGUGGCCAGAACACACUGCAGACCCCUCCUGCCUGCAGGCUGAUGGUGGGCACAGUGGUGAAAGACCCUGGUCGGGGUCGUGACCCAAUGGAACAGAUGGAGGUGUGAGCUCCCCUAGACUCAUCAGGCUUGGCCCGGCCUCCCCUGGCUAAAUUCCACUGUUUCAACUUCAUGGUGGACACAGGGGUCUGAGUGUUCUGAGCCAGCUCAGCGGACCCUCUGGGCCCUGACUCGGCCAAUGGGGACAGACGGACCCCCAGCAGCCACUUGACACUCUGGACCUCGCCCCUGCCUGGCCAUGGCUGGUGCCGACGGCUUCCAAUACCGCGCAUUGUACCCAUACCGCCGGGAACGGCCCGAGGACCUGGAGCUGCUGCCUGGAGACCUGCUGGUGGUUAGCCGGGCAGCCCUGCAGGCACUGGGAGUGGCCGAGGGCGGGGAGCGCUGCCCACACACUGUGGGCUGGAUGCCUGGCGUCAACGAGCGCUCACGGCAGCGUGGUGACUUUCCCGGCACCUACGUCGAGUUCCUGGGACCUGUGGCGCUGGCCCGGCCCGGCCCCCGUCCACGUGGCCCCCGCCCGCUACCUGCCCGACCCCGGGAUGGGCCCCCUGAGCCAGGCUUCCCUCUCCCCGACCUGCCUGAGCAGUUCUCCCCUCCAGACGUGGCGCCGCCCCUUCUGGUAAAGCUUGUGGAAGCCGCUGAGCGCACAGGGCUGGACAGUGCCUCCCUCUGCAGGCCAGAGCUGCCUGCCCCACGGACAGACUGGUCCUUAAGUGACGUGGAGCAGUGGGACGUGGUGGCCCUGGCGGAUGGCAUCAAGGGCUACCUGCUGGCGCUUCCAGCGCCCCUGGUGAUACCUGAGGCUGCAGCCGAGGCGCUCAGGGUCUUGCGGGAGGGGGCCGGCCCUGUGGGGCAGGCGCUGGAGCCACCGACCCUGCCGCUGCACCGCGCGCUCACGCUGCGCUUCCUGCUGCAGCACCUGGGGCGCGUGGCCCGCCGAGCCCCCGCUGCAGGCCCUGCCAUCCGAGCUCUGGCCGCUGCCUUCGGGCCGCUGCUACUGCUGCCCUCGCUGCCGCCCGCGCCCCCGCAGCCGCCAGGGAGCGCACCCGAUGGGACUGAGCCCGGCCCCGACUUCCCGGCAAAACUGGUGGAGAAGUUGCUCAAGGAACACCUGGAAGAGGAAGAAGUCACGCCCCCAGCACUGCCGCCUAAGCCUCCCAAGGCAAAGCCAGCCGCAGGGGGCCUAGCCAAUGGGGGAAGCCCGCCCUCCCUGCAGGAUGCUGAGUGGUACUGGGGGGACAUCUCUAGGGAGGAGGUGAACGAGAAACUCCGAGACAUGCCCGAUGGAACCUUCCUGGUUCGAGAUGCAUCUAGCAAGAUCCAGGGGGAGUACACAUUGACCCUCAGGAAAGGCGGCAACAACAAACUGAUCAAAGUGUUCCGCCGGGACGGCCACUACGGCUUCUCCGAGCCGCUCACCUUCUGCUCCGUCGUGGACCUCAUCACCCACUACCGCCACGAGUCGCUGGCCCAGUACAACGCCAAGCUGGACACUCGGCUGCUGUACCCCGUGUCCAAGUACCAGCAGGACCAGAUUGUCAAGGAGGACAGCGUGGAGGCUGUGGGCGCCCAACUCAAGGUCUACCACCAGCAGUACCAGGACAAGAGCCGCGAGUACGACCAGCUCUAUGAGGAGUACACACGCACCUCGCAGGAGCUGCAGAUGAAGCGCACAGCCAUCGAGGCAUUCAACGAGACUAUCAAGAUCUUCGAAGAGCAGGGCCAGACGCAAGAGAAGUGCAGCAAGGAGUAUCUGGAGCGGUUCCGGCGGGAGGGCAAUGAGAAAGAGAUGCAGAGGAUCCUGCUUAACUCAGAGCGGCUCAAGUCUCGCAUCACCGAGAUCCACGAAAGCCGCGCAAAGCUGGAGCAGGAGCUACGCGCGCAGGCCUCGGACAACCGGGAAAUCGACAAGCGCAUGAACAGCCUCAAGCCCGACCUGAUGCAGCUGCGCAAGAUCCGAGACCAGUACCUGGUGUGGCUCACCCAAAAAGGUGCCAGGCAGAAGAAAAUCAACGAGUGGCUGGGAAUCAGAAACGAGACUGAGGACCAGUAUUCCCUGAUGGAGGAUGAGGACGACUUGCCACACCACGAGGAGCGGACAUGGUACGUGGGCAAGAUCAACCGCACGCAGGCUGAGGAUAUGCUGAGCGGCAAGAGGGAUGGCACCUUCCUCAUCCGAGAGAGCAGCCAGCGGGGCUGCUACGCCUGCUCCGUGGUGGUGGACGGCGACACCAAGCACUGUGUCAUCUACCGCACGGCCACCGGCUUUGGCUUUGCCGAGCCCUACAACCUGUACGGGUCGCUCAAGGAGCUGGUGCUGCACUACCAGCACGCCUCGCUGGUGCAGCACAACGACGCACUCACCGUCACCCUGGCCCACCCCGUGCGCGCCCCGGGGCCCGGGCCCCCACCUGCUGCCCGCUGACGUCCAGUCCGAGGGAGGGAGGAGCAGAGCCCACACAGAGGCUGGGACCAAGCCCGCGACCUUCUCUGCCUCUGCGCCCCCACGCCCUGGCGCGUGGCCUCUGCCGCCAUCUGAGUCUGUCCAAGUCUCUGCCCGCCUCAGUACUUUUUCUCUUGGUUUUUCCUCCUUUCGGCUCCCGCCCCCCCCUCACCCUUCAUCUUCCUCUUUUUUCCCCUGAGCCUUUUCUCCCUCUCCCUCUUUGCCCACCUGUCUCUGUCCGCCUGUCUCAUCCCUUGCCAACUGGUUGUCUGUCUCAGUUCCCGCCCCGCCCCACCUACCCCCACAUGCCAGUUUUUCUCUACAUCUUGCCCUGUCUCUCCAUGGCUGUCGGGGGCCCCUCUAGCCCAUACCCUAGCCCCCUUCAGGGGCACUGUCCUCCCAGGACCCUGCACCCAACCCCCUUCCCUGCCCCUUGCAGGCCUCUGGGGUCACCAGAACCCCUCCUGGCUGCACCUGCCCUGUUUACAGAGGCCUCUGGGCAGCGCCAACCCAGCCUGGGAGCCCUGAUUUUUAAGCCAUAGACCCAGGGGCCCGGAGAGGAAGGAACCUCUCGCUCGCUCGCUCGCUCGGCCACUUCCAAGAGCCUCGGCUGUGACAUUGGGGCCGGGCGGGCAGGACCCGCCCCACAGACCCCAGCUUCCCCUCCAAACCCUGAAGUGAAACCUGUGGUGGGGCCUCCUCCGGCCCCAGGGGGCCAUUACCCAGAAUUCCCCACCCCCUCCCCAUCAUGAGAUUCAUUCAAAAUAAACUCGAGCACUGGCCCGUUGGGCCUGGCCCCAGGAACGGAGGCCCCCUGCCACAGAGCGGGCCCCACCACUGCCAGCAGCGCCCACCUGGCCACCAUGAGUCGCCCUGGCCGCUUCUUUUACCAUGUUGUUCCCUUUCUUUUUCCCGGGCAGCCGAGCCUCCUCCUCCCUUUUCCAGGAUGAGCACUCUGAUUUUUAUGCUGCCGACCCGGCAGGAGCAUUUUGUACGGUACAUCGGCAUUGCCACGAAUAAAGCUCUGGAACUGUU